AUGACGGACGUGAUAGCGGCGAUCGCCCCCGCUUGUUCUAUCACGGACGACUCUGCUGGCUGCUAUACGGCGUCGUGGUACCUUAUUUGGGACCAAGUCCGCUACUGGCUGCUCAUCCAAAUGCCUGUAAUCGCGCUCUCUAUCGUGUACGAGUGGCUCGAACUGGCUUCGCUCAAAUACGUCGAGCGACUGCGUAAAAUCUGCGACUCGCCGCUCACCAAUGUCGUGAAUUAUCUGGUUCAACUUGUCACCAGCUUCUAUGUCUGCAUCAAUUGGAUUGUAAGGGGUGGAUCGUUGAGUGUGAGUUUCUCGUCGUGGUCCAUCGAGUCGCUCUUUCUCAUCGCCACGGGUGUCGGAUACAGUGUUCGAUGGUUAGCCGCCAAGAACAAAGUGACGUUCGUCUUGCAGCUGCAUAAUCUUUUCGACUUACUGUCGGUGGUAGCGCACUUUAUCAUCUCGUUCCAGACAAUCGUAGUGGGGGCCAAGCGACUUCGAUCGUGGUUGGAUUUUGGCUUCAUCCGGUCCUAUGUGGGCUAUGUGGUAGUGGAUCAUUUGUUCGCACGAUACCCGAACAAAACCUUCUUCUCGCAGGUGUUACUCGUGGUAUUUAAGGCGCUGUGCCUUGUCUUCUUCUUCGCUGCAGUUUUGUUCUCGCUCGAGCAGCUUGGAGAGCUGCCACACACCAACAGUUUCCUGCUUCAUGUGUACGAAUGCAGCAAUAAAGACGGCACCGAGACGAUCCUCAGAGCUACGAGCGAAGGCACCGACGAGUAUCCCAACUGUGACGAAACGUGGAGCUUCUUCUCGUCCAUUUACUUCAUGUUCGUGACUGUCUCGACUGUGGGUUACGGCGAUUUCUCACCUCAUACGGUCUUAGGACAACUUACAGUUUGUGUGAUCAUCGUGUUCGGUAUCUACACAUUCGCGAACGAGUCGGCUGCCUUUAUGACGCUUUACGGAGAUCAACGGGGAACGCUUGUGAAAUAUGAUGGCUCAAGAAAUACCGUGCAUGUUCUAGUAACAGGGAAUCCGUCGGUUGCACAAACUAAGGAUUUUAUUCGCGAGUUCUUCCAUCCUGAUCAUGAAGAGGCAUUCCAAGCCUCUCAUUCUCGUUGCGAGAUUCCUUUGAAGAAUCACGCUCGGUAUGGCAGUAUUCAUGAAGCGUAUACUGCGAUGGAAGAAGGAGAAGUCAGCGGGAAACAAGCCAAAAAACGAGAUAUCAAGCCUCUCGUCUCAAAGUGGAUGCAUCGCGGAGGAAGUUUAAUCCGUGAGACUCACAUUGUUGUGCUGAUGCAGUUCGACAAGGCUGGAGAAAAUGCUUCGUACCAGCGAGAAGUGGUGGAGUUUGUAGAGCAGAAUCCUCGAUAUCACAAGCGCGUGUUCCUUGUCUACGGCUCCCCACUACGAGAGACCGACUUGAUGAACGCUCAGCUGGAUCGAGCGAUGGCUGUGUUCUUCUUACCGAAUAAAUACUCGGAUGAUGGCAACAAAGAAGACGCAGCUACAGUGCUGCGAGUUUUGUCGGUAUCCCAGCAGAAACAGGAACACACUCAGCUGUUUGCAAUGCUGGCCAACUCUGACAACCGAACGCUUCUGGAAGCCACCGGGUUAAGCAAGGAAAACCUGGUUUGUGCAGAUGAAAUUCGCUUGGGGUUAAUGGGUCUCAGCUGUCGAUGUCCCGGUCUGUCAACAGUAGUGUCCAAUUUGAUCACAAGUCGCAGCGGAGAGAUCCCGGAAGUGGCGCCGGACCAAGCUCAUCUAUUGAAACCUUGGGUCUCUGAGUACAUUUCUGGCGCUGCUAACGAAAUCUACUCGUGUUGUCUGACGAGACAUUUCCACGGGAUGAACUUCAUUCAAGCCACGAUGCACAUCCAUCGUCAGUCGAAUGGUCUGGUACUUCUCAUCGCUGUGGAGUCGGAUGGAGAUAUCGCGUUCAAUCCUGGUCGUUGGUAUCGUAUUACACCAAGCACCAAAGCGUAUUUGAUCGCUGAGUCUAUCAGCUCUCUUGAACCAUUCGCUGGUACGCCGACUAUGAGCAGUGUCGCUGCCUUAUCCAUGAACAUGGUACUACUACAGAGUCGCGGGAACCUUCUAAGUAGAGCUCGUCAAGCGCAACACAACGUUGAAAGAAGAAUUCCCAGCGAUAUUCGGGAGUACAUUAUGCGGUGUGCUGCCAAUGACGAUCCGUCUCAGAUCCCGUCUUCGCCUUCUCGAGACUUGCUCUCUGCUGGUGGCCACAUUGUCGUCUGUAGCAACAUUGGCAACGAGAGUGGAGGACAGCGCUCUGUUUCUCGGUUGGUGAAUUUCUUACGACCCUUGCGAGCUCCACACAUCGAACGAAUUGUCCCCGUUGUUAUUGUAGAUGCUGGCACUUUUGACUUCGUUUCGUGGCUUCAACUGAGAGACUUCGGUGAGGUGUACCAUGUCCACGGCUCGCCUCAGAACCACCAUGUCCUUUCUGCUGCUGGGAUCUACACGGCGUCGUCUAUUGUCGUGCUCGCUCAAGGCAAUGAAGCUGGAUACGACGACUCGAAAGCCAUCUUUAACGCGAUUCUAGUCAACUCAGCACUGCAACGUAAUAAGAUCUUUACGAUCAUCGAACUCCGAGAUGUCAACAACAACCGCUUCUUGGAUCCCGUGUCGAGUUUCGGCUCGUCGCGGAGACUGCAAGGAGGUGAUUUCAUGGAUGAGAACAACGGCGAAUACGACGUCAACCGAGCGUCGACUGUCACCAAGAAGAACAACUGGAUACAACGCAAGGCUAAAGUGGUCAAUCACGCAUUUUCUGCUGUGAAUACUUUUUUCCUCGGAAGUCUGAAAACCGCAGCGCAACAAGUGAGUACUCUUUACAAUGGCGACGACAGCGAGACGUUCUUCCAGGAACGCUUUAUGAACGGAGCGCUGUUCCCUUCGUACGUUGCAGAUGACUUGUUGAUCCAAAGUUUCUUUAAUCCGUCACUCAACAUGUUCAUCCGCAAGAUUCUCGAUGGUAAAAGCUGCUUCGUGCUGUACGACGUGCCGAAAGGGCUCCGCGAACAGAAGUUGUUGUAUGGAGAGCUCUUUGAGUACAUGACAUCAGGUGUGGCGCAUACGCUACCGAUUGGCUUGCUGCGUGCAAAGGGCGGUCCUGGAGGCGCACCAUACCCAUACGUGUACACAUGUCCGUCCUCAGAUACGAUCGUGUACCCGCAAGACAAGAUUUUCGUUCUCAUCAACGUCAUGGCUCUCAACCGUCUAGCAACUAAACUGCAACGACGCUUUCGGAACCGCUCAAAGCCGUCCAUGACCUUGGCAGAUCUCGUGGAAACCAUUUCCAGACCAUCGCAACUGUAG